UUCGGAAUAACCGUCGCUUCAAGAAGAUUCUGCAAGGGGGGCCCAUCCACAGAACCAGGUGGCUGCCUUCCCGGGACGCCGGCGAAUUCCUCACCGACGUUCACUUUCCGGUGAAGUUUUCUUUUCUAUGUUUGGUUUCUUUCACUGUGAUACAUGGGGUCUUCAGCAGAAGAAGAAUAUGCUGCAUUCCUAGAGAAGGUUGAACGGACAGUUUACUUUGACAACCUGUCACCACAAGUUACUGAAUCUGUGUUGAUAGCUGGCAUUGAUCAGUUUGCAACUGUAGAAAGUGUCAAGCUUAUUCGCAACUACAAUGAACCAAGGAACAUGCCAAUAUGUGCAUUAGUGGAAUUGGACUCUGCUACUAAGGCCAAAGAAGUUAUAUCAGUGUUAUCACAAAAUCCUUUCAUGAUGUGUGGGAUGCCAAGGCCUGUAAGGGUGCGCCAAGCUGAAGUGGAAAUGUUUGAUGAUCGCCCCAAGAAGCCUGGAAGAAAGAUAGACUGCCAAUGGUUGGAGCCUGAUGACCCUGAUUUUAAGGUGGUACAGGAACUGAAGCGACUUACACACAAACAUACUGCUGAAGCUGCACGCCUUAUGGAACUGCAACUACAAGAAGAGGAGAAGCUUCAGAACCAGCAGACAGCCACACUGAAGGGACACUAUGAUAAGUUAAAGAAAAUUGAAAGCAUUAUGGCUGAUGGAAAUGCCCGACGUUUGGCACGAAAGUAUGAUCUGCGUCUUCUAGAUGAUUGAAGUCUUUUUUAUGUGUACCAUGCAAAUAGUUUUCUAUUUUGUAGCUUUAGAUAAGUAGCUCCCCUUAGACCUUAGUAUCAAAUCUCAUCUAUGGGUACAUGUUAUACUGUAAUCCGUGUCAAACAUCUGUUUAUACGGUCUCUCAUUAAUGUAUAGAACAAUGAUGAGAUAAUAUUUUGAAUGGGAUAAUAUGAUAUACAACUGCUAUAACA